AUGGUGUCAUCUGUCUUUGCUGGAUCUCCUGGACCGCUCGAACCUGUCCCUCAAUCCUCGGGACUGCUGGAGGUGCCUCAAUCCUCAGCUGCUGGCCUUGACCAUGUCCUUGAGCAUGGUUCUGCUGAUGCUGCUGAGUCCUGCCCUGCUGGCCUGCUGCGGGUGCACUGCGACACUCUGCUGCUCUGUGUCCAAUCUUGUUACAAUUGUAACAAGCCCCCUAAAAUCAGCGCUGCUACUGCGCUCUCUGGUCUUGUUGAUGGCCCUUCUUAUGGAGACCCUGCUGAUGCAGACCCUUACCCUGCUGAUGGGGUCCUCCUGAGCCUCCAAAUGGCUACGAGACUUGAAGCAAUUAGGAUGGACAGAAGUUGGAUGUCUGUUAAAGAUAGGUUUCACAACCCUGACUUCACCAAUGGUUUAAAAACAUUUCUGGAUGCUGCGAAACAACACCUAGAUCAUGAAAAUAAGACGCGUUGCCCAUGUGUUAAAUGUCAAAAUGCCUUGCCGUUUCUUUCUCUACCCGAGAUACGCAGACAUAUACUUGUAAAUGGGUUUGCACAAUAUUACACGACAUGGACUGAGCACGGGGAAUAUUUUGUUGAAGUCGCAGACGACCAAAUGUAUGAGGAUUUUGAAAGUGACAGCGAAGAUGAUGAUGAUGACAAUGCUGCGAUGUUGGACAUGUUAAAUGAUGUCCAAGGGGCUAUAAGUAUGGAGACAGAUGAUGAGAACGAUAUUCAUGUUAACAAAUAUGAUUAUUUGUUUAAUGAAGCUCAACGAGAACUAUACCCGGGUUGUACAAAGUUCUCUGCAUUAUCUUUUAUUACAAAAUUAAUGCAGAUCAAGAUAGAUGGUCGUUGGAGCAAUAAAAGUUUUAAAAAUCUGCUGAAAUUGUUAAAUGACUCGUAUCCAAAAGGUGCAUCCAUACCAACAUCGAAUUAUGAAGCCAAAAACAUGUUGUUGGAAUUGGGUUUGGGGUAUGAAUCCAUACACGCAUGCAAGUAUGAUUGUGCACUGUUUUAUGGGAAAGAGAAUAAGAAACUGGAUGAAUGUCCAGUGUGCAAGGAGCCGAGAUACAAAUCUUGUGAUGGCAAACGCAAGAAAGUUCCACAAAAAGUAUUGCAUUAUUUUCCAUUGAAGCCGAGACUUUGGAGGUUGUAUAUGUCGAGACAUACAUCGACUGAAAUGAAAUGUCAUAAAAGAAGAAGACAAAAUGAAGAGGGUUUCCUACGACAUCCAGCUGAUUCUGCCGAGUGGAAACACUUUGAUCAGGAGUAUCCUGACUUUGCUGCAGAUUGUUGA